UCCGAUAUUUCAAAGUACGUAGACGUUAUUUAAAUCCGAUACAAUGAUAAACUGUUAACGUAGAUACGUUAACAGGAAAAUCAAUAAUUUAUUCAAAGGUCACCUUGAAGAUGAAACCACGAACGUCUCGCGCAGUACGAGGUUCGGUCGAAAGAAUGCAAUACACCUAAUACCCAUGGUCACGCGCUCGAUAAAAUAAAUGUUUUAAGCUUCUCUAUUUUCAAAAACAUUUACCACCGGUUCGUAUUCGGUAUCGACGCUAUUAUUGAUAAUUUUGAUUAUCAAUGUACACGAUAUAGGCUGGCGUAGGAAAAGAUCGAUAGCAAGCAAUCUAUUAAAAAAACGAUUAACAAACUCGGUAUCGAGUUCGUUCGAUAACAUUACCAAUAUUUCCGGUAUCGGUCGAGCUAAUAGCCGCGUAAAAAUUCCGAAAAACGGGUUUAUAUUUCACGGUCUAUUAGACGAUGAAAUAUGUAUAAAGAAGGCAGACCGAUCUUAGUCACGAGAAAUCUUUGGCGUCUGGCCAAACGAACUAUUACGGUAGCAACAACAUCUCGACUAUAAUAAUAUAAUAAUGUACGUCACACGACGAUAUAAGUAUAAAUUCAACGAUUUGUCACUUUUUAGAUCGUCGCGGUUCUCCGAAGUAUGCUAAUACCUUUCAUUAGUCGCGCGAGGAAACCUGCCCGAUAGUUGCGUUUUUUGACGUUAUUUUCACGUUAUUUUCACGUUAUUUUCACGUGUAUUUUCACGUUAUUCUCGCGUGUUUAUUUCGUAAAUCGUUUUACAGUGACUUUAACGACAGUUCGUUUAUACGCAAUUUAAGUGAAAUUAUUGGCAACCUUUUUUGUUCACUUUUAUCACAAUGUGUGGAGCGGAUGUAAAAAAACUGGACGUUAACGUUCAAACCAUCUUUAUAAAUGUCAGUUAAUGACAGAGCAAAGUCGUAUAUCUUAGCGAAAAAUUGUACCAUUUACAAGGUCGAGGAGCUGGUUGAAAUUGUCGAUAAUAAAGCUCGAUGAAUUAUGUACGAAGUUACCGUGGGACAUGAUCCACAGACAAGUAACGGGAACCAAUCGCAACAGCAGUUACAAAGCGGUGGAUGGAAUGGAAUUCCUGAAACGACGUUGGUCUCUCGAUCGAUCAGAAACAACGGCAACAGCAACGGCUGGAACCCGAUUACGUCUCCGUUCCAACAUCAACAGGAACAACAACAGCUACACGAACGGAAACAGAAAGAAGUUAAAUCUGGGGAUUUGGGAGAUGAUGAAGACGGUGGUGGAGGGGGUGGAGGGCUGGAGGGGGCGGACCCAGAGGAGAACAACUCUGUUCACCUCAAGAGACGGGUGGGACUCGUCAGUGGGGUGGCUCUAAUCGUUGGUACCAUGAUAGGUUCUGGGAUAUUCGUUUCGCCGUCAGGGCUUUUGGUUCGAACCGGCAGUAUCGGAAUCAGCUUCCUCGUAUGGACGGCCUGCGGCAUGUUGAGUCUGUGCGGUGCGUUAGCAUACGCCGAGCUGGGUACGAUGAAUACGAGCAGCGGCGCCGAGUACGCUUACUUUAUGGACGCAUUCGGUGCACCACCUGCUUUCCUCUUCUCGUGGGUUUCCACUUUGGUCUUAAAACCAUCUCAGAUGGCGAUAAUCUGUUUGUCAUUCGCGCAGUACGCGGUUGAAGCCUUUGCGGCCGACUGCGAUCCACCCGAGGAAGUAGUCAAAAUCGUUGCACUCCUGGCGAUCAUACUUAUACUGUUAGUGAACUGUUACAGCGUUAAUCUAGCCACAGGUGUACAAAACGCGUUUACCGCAGCAAAAUUGAUCGCCAUACUCGUUGUAAUUGCCGGUGGCUCUUAUAAGUUGAUACAGGGUAAUACGCAGCAUCUGAAAGGCGCUUUCGAUACCGUGGACGGUAGUACCGUUAAUAUAGGCAGAUUAGCCACAGCUUUUUAUACUGGUUUGUGGGCGUACGAUGGAUGGAAUAAUCUCAAUUAUGUCACCGAAGAAAUCAAAAAUCCUUCCAAAAAUCUACCACGGUCCAUUAUGAUUGGUAUACCCCUCGUUACGCUAUGUUACGCAUUGAUAAAUGUCUCCUACCUGGCCGUGAUGUCACCUUCGGAGAUGAUCGAAAGCGAAGCUGUUGCAGUGACUUUUGGAAAUCGAAUUCUUGGCGUUAUGGCAUGGCUUAUGCCACUUUCGGUUGCGAUUAGCACAUUCGGUUCCGCAAAUGGCACUCUUUUUGCAGCGGGUAGACUUUGCUUUGCCGCGUCUCGAGAGGGCCACCUACUUGACUGUCUCAGUUAUGUUCACGUACGACGCUUUACUCCUGCACCAGGACUUAUCUUCCAUUCCCUCGUUGCAGGAGCAAUGGUGCUAUCCGGAAACAUUGAUUCCUUGAUCGACUUUUUUUCGUUCACUGCUUGGAUCUUUUAUGGUGGAGCAAUGCUAGCUCUAUUAGUGAUGCGAAGGACCAGACCGAAUCAUCCACGACCAUAUAAAUGUCCGCUGAUAAUACCUGUUCUCGUACUUGGAAUCUCUGCGUACCUGAUUGUAGCGCCAAUCAUCGAUAACCCUCAAAUUGAAUACCUGUAUGCGGCUGGGUUCAUAUUAGCGGGCAUGCUUGUCUACCUCCCGUUUGUUAAAUACGGAUACGUGCCCAAGUUUAUGGAAGGUGUGAAUGCCUUUCUUCAGAUGUUACUCGAAGUCGCACCAACGGCCGCAGCGUUUGAUUGAUUUCGAUCAGAUGCAGAAGUGUGAUUUUUUAAAUGCCAAAUCAUUCCACUGUGGCAUAGUGAACAUGAUACGAAUGUCUAUUUUAAAUAUGAAUAGAUAAAGAUAUGUAACCUCUUAUCGAAGCUUAAGGCUGGCCCGAAUGAAUUCACAAAUAUAUAAAAAUAUUAUUUUAUUACUUGUUACUCAUAUAUAAUAUACAUUACAUGAAACACAUUAUUGUUAGACAAUUAGUUAACGUUGUAACUAUUGAACAGAGCAACUAAAAGUAUUUUAAAUGUU